GGGGCGGGGGGCGGUGGGGGGCGUCGGGCCGGAGCGCCAUGAGCAGCCCGGAUGCGGGCUACGCCAGUGACGACCAGAGGCAGGCCAGGUGCGCGCUGCCCAUGAUGAUGCCCGCCGCCCUGGGCCCCUGCCCCUGGGCCGACUCCCUCAGCCCCCUCGGGGAGGCCAAGGCCAAGGGGGAGGCCGCGGGGGCGGCGGCGGGGGGCGGCGGCGGCGGGGGGGCCCGGGCCAAGGCCGAGGCCCGCAUCCGACGGCCCAUGAACGCCUUCAUGGUGUGGGCCAAGGACGAGCGCAAGAGGCUGGCACAGCAGAACCCGGACCUCCACAACGCCGAACUGAGCAAGAUGCUGGGGAAGUCGUGGAAGGCGCUGUCGCUGUCGGAGAAGCGUCCGUUCGUGGAGGAGGCGGAGCGGCUGCGGGUUCAACACAUGCAGGACCACCCCAACUACAAAUACCGGCCUCGGCGGCGCAAGCAAGUGAAGCGGCUGAAGCGGGUGGACGGCGGCGGGUUCCUGCACGGCAUCCCCGACCCUCCGGGCCCGGGCCUGGGCCCCGACGGCCGCGGGCCGGUGGACAGCCUCGCCCUCCAUUACCACGACCAGGGCUACGGCCCCCCCGGCCCGUUGCCCCCGGCCCUGGGCCACUAUCGCGACUGCCAGGGCCUGUCGGGGCCUCCCUUCGACGGCUACCCCCUGCCCACCCCGGAGGCGUCCCCGCUGGACGGCGUGGAGGCCGACCCGGCCUUCUUCGCCGCCUCCCUGCAGGGGGACUGUCCGCCGGCGCCCUACGGCUACCCCGACCCCCCGCCGGUCCCCCCCCGGCCGGACCCUCCGGCCCACGGCCUACCGGGCCUGCUGGGCCCCGCCAGCCCAAUGCACGUCUACUACGGCCAGGUGGGGCCCGCCCCGUCCGGGGGCGGCCGGGCCUACCCGCUGCAGGCCCCGGCCGGGCCCGGCCAGCCCUCCCCUCCUCCGGACACGCUCCCCUGCCGGGAAGGACUGGACCCGGCCCCUCCGGCCGAACUCCUGGGAGACCUGGACCGGACCGAGUUCGAGCAGUACCUGCACUUCGUCUGCAAACCCGAUUUGGGACUGCCCUACGCGCCCCACGACGGCAGCCUCGCCCUCCCGGACGGCCACGGGGCCCUCUCCUCCGUCGUGUCGGACGCCAGCUCCGCGGUAUAUUACUGCAACUAUCCCGACGUCUAGUAUAUUCCGGGCAACCAUCCCCUACCUACCCCCCAUCCCCCGCCCCGGGCCGGCAGCGGCAUAAACAGCGUUACACACUUCCUGCGAGAGCUAAGGAAAUCCUUUGACCUCUCCUCGCCUCCCUCUCAUCACGCCGCCCCCACCCCCAAGGCGUGUUUCCACCGAGAGAUUUGUCUCACGGCUGUCUCGGACCUUAAUUUAUGGUAAUUUAUUUGGCUCGGCUCUUGGCCGUUUACGAAGAAAGCAGCCGGACUUUGCCAGCGGCUGACUUGGCCUCCCUAAUCUUUCAAGGGGGGGUGGAGAAAAAAAUUGCCCCUCCGGCGGCGUCCGAUCUGCGUUUUCUGCCGCCCGAAAAACUUCCUCGGUGGUUCAGCGAAGGUCUUGUAUAGUUUGGGUUUUUCAAAAUAAA